AUACAGUCGUCAUCACCAAAUGAGAAGUUGGGUUUAAGUGCCAGCGAACUGACUGAAUUCUUCGCCAUGUGGGAAGAAUUAAACUUCACGGACUCCAAUAACAACAGCUCACGGGUUGAAGCGCAAAUGUGCCCGGCUUCUUUUAACCGUUCUGCUCUCCUCAAUGCCAUGUGCACCCUCUAUGCCUUCAUUUUUGUCGUUGGCCUGGCUGCCAAUGCGCUAGUAGUGUGGGUCAACAUGCGCUCUCAGCGUCAUUACCACGAGACGCACAUGUAUAUAUUAAACCUAGCGGUGGCUGACCUGUGUGUAGUGGCUACUCUUCCUGUGUGGGUGAGCUCGCUGGCACAGGGAGGACACUGGGCAUUCGGUCAGGCGGCUUGUAAACUCACACAUCUUCUGUUCAGCGUCAAUCUUUUCGCCAGCAUCUUCUUCCUGACCUGCAUGAGUGUGGACCGGUAUCUCUCGGUGGUGCGAUUUAGGGAGAUUUCUCACAGACGAGGAAGACAAGUUCGGCGUUUAGUGUGUGCGAUAACAUGGCUGCUUGCUUUAUUCGCCUCAGUACCCGACACAUACUUCCUGCGGUCUGUAAAGUCACAAUACAGUCACGUGACCUUGUGUCUUCCUGUAUACCCAGAGGACAACCCUUUGCAGUGGAUGGUGGGCAUACAAUUGAGUUUUGUAGUUCUUGGUUUUGCCAUACCUUUCCCUAUUAUAGCUGUGUCAUAUGCAUUGUUGGCAAACACUUUAGCUUCCACUUCCACUCAUUCACCUUCAAAUGGAGACCAGGAUCGAAGCGUGAGCAAGAAGGUCAUCUUAAUGUACAUAGUGGUUUUCAUAGCUUGCUGGGCACCAUAUCAUGCGGUGCUGUUAGCCGAUGCUCUAGCCAUGUUAGGUGUGCUUCCACUGGGCUGCAGUUCAGAGAAUGGUCUGUUUGUGGCACUUCACCUUACUCAAUGCCUGUCGCUGCUACACUGCUGUGUAAAUCCUGUGGUCUACAGCUUCGCCCAUCGCCACUAUCGCUAUGAUCUCAUGAAAGCCUUCAUCUUCAAAUACUCCACCCGUACGGGGCUUGCUCGACUCAUUGAUGGGUCUCAGGGUAUUGAGACGGAGUACGCAAUGGUGGAGAACAACCCUCCGACUGUGACUUAGAAGCCUUCAGAUUGUCACCCUCAACCAAAGUUCUGCACUGCUUCAAAACACAUAGUACCCUAACAUGCUUUCCUGAAAACUGGAUUCGAACAUGUUUUCUGUCAAUAUAGUGAUACAUGCUUAACUGUGACUCUAAAGACACCGAAUACGUCUUUUAAAACAAGCCAAAGACUUUAUUGUUAAAUCAGAACCACUCUGACUUGUUUCUCUGAAAUAAGGAAAACCAAAAAAUUGUUUGACUAAAUCAGCAAAUACUUAACAGUGACUGCGUAGAUGUGGAAUAAUUCAUUUAAAACAACAAUUAUUUAUUAAUUAACAUUGUUCCUUUGUGUCAGAGAUUGAUGGGAUUUGGAUAUUGAGAUAUCUGACUUGUUUUACCGCUGGCUCUGAUACCACAUCAGUUGGAUUUGAACAGUGUUUUUUUUUUUUUUUUA